GCUGCCGCACGUGGGAGGGCGCGGACAGGGCUGGCCGCCGCCACAGCUGUUGCCGCCACAGCUGUUGCCUCCUCCGCUAGGCCGCCUCUCGGCUCCCCGGUGCCCAGCCUCCUCAACCCCAAACCAGAGGACAACGCGCCCGCCGCCGCCGACUCUCGGCCCUCCCAUGAUCGCCCAGUGCCUUUCGGCUGUGCGAGGCCUCCACAGAGUUGGUGGUUCCCGGAUUUUAUUCAGAAUGACUUUAGGAAGAGAAGUGAUGUCUCCUCAUCAGGCAAUGUCUUCCUAUACUGUGGCUGGCAGAAAUGUUUUAAGAUGGGAUCUUUCACCAGAGCAAAUUAAAACAAGAACUGAGGAGCUCAUUGUGCAGACCAAACAGGUGUACGAUGCUAUUGGAAUGCUUGACAUUGAGGAAGUAACUUACGAGAACUGUUUGCAGGCGCUGGCAGAUGUAGAAGUGAAGUAUAUAGUGGAGCGAACCAUGCUAGACUUUCCCCAGCACGUCUCCUCUGACAAAGAAGUACGGGCAGCAAGUACAGAAGCAGACAAAAGACUUUCUCGUUUUGAUAUUGAGAUGAGCAUGAGAGAAGAUAUAUUUCUGAGAAUUGUACAUUUACAGGAAACAUGUGAUCUGAGUAAGAUAAAACCUGAAGCCAGAAGAUACUUGGAAAAGUCCAUUAAAAUGGGGAAAAGGAAUGGGCUACAUCUUCCAGAACAAAUACAAAAUGAAAUCAAAGCAAUGAAGAAAAGAAUGAGUGAGCUAUGUAUUGACUUCAACAAAAACCUCAAUGAGGAUGAUACCUUCCUUGUAUUUUCCAAGGCUGAACUCGGUGCUCUUCCUGAUGAUUUCAUUGACAGUUUAGAAAAGACAGAUGAUGACAAGUAUAAAAUUACCUUAAAAUAUCCACACUAUUUUCCUGUCAUGAAGAAAUGCUGUAUCCCUGAAACUAGAAGGAAGAUGGAAAUGGCUUUUAAUACAAGGUGCAAAGAGGAAAACACCGUAAUUCUGCAGCAGCUACUCCCACUGCGGGCCAAAGUAGCCAGCCUCCUCGGCUAUAGCACGCAUGCUGACUUUGUCCUUGAAAUGAACACUGCAAAGAGUACAAGCCAUGUAACAGCCUUUCUAGAUGAUUUAAGCCAGAAAUUAAGACCGUUGGGUGAGGCAGAGCGAGAGUUUAUUUUGAAUUUGAAGAAAAAGGAAUGUGAAGAGAAAGGUUUUGACUAUGAUGGGAAGAUCAAUGCCUGGGAUCUACAUUACUACAUGACGCAGACAGAAGAACUCAAGUACUCCAUAGACCAAGAGAUCCUCAAGGAGUACUUCCCAAUUGAAGUGGUCACUGAAGGCUUGCUGAACAUCUACCAGGAGUUGUUGGGGCUUACAUUUGAGCAAGUGGCAGAUGCUCAUGUAUGGAAUAAAAGUGUGACACUUUACACUGUGAAGGAUAAAGCCACAGGGGAAGUUUUGGGACAGUUCUACUUGGACCUCUAUCCAAGGGAAGGAAAGUACAACCACGCAGCCUGCUUUGGUCUCCAGCCUGGCUGCCUCCUCCCUGAUGGAAGCCGCAUGAUGUCCGUGGCUGCCCUUGUGGUGAACUUCUCGCAGCCAACAGCAGGCCGUCCCUCUCUCCUGAGGCACGAUGAAGUGCGGACUUACUUUCAUGAAUUUGGUCAUGUCAUGCAUCAGAUUUGUGCACAGACUGAUUUUGCACGAUUUAGUGGAACAAAUGUGGAAACGGAUUUUGUAGAGGUGCCAUCACAAAUGCUUGAGAAUUGGGUAUGGGACAUGGAUUCCCUCCGAAGACUGUCAAAACAUUAUAAAGAUGGAAGCCCUAUUAUGGAUGAUCUGCUUGAAAAACUUGUUGCUUCCAGACUGGUCAACACAGGUCUUCUGACCUUACGCCAGAUUGUUCUGAGCAAAGUCGAUCAGUCUCUCCAUACGAACGCAUCGCUGGACGCUGCAAGUGAAUAUGCCAAAUACUGCACAGAGGUAUUAGGCGUUGCAGCUACUCCGGGCACAAAUAUGCCGGCCACUUUUGGACAUUUGGCAGGGGGAUAUGAUGGCCAAUAUUAUGGAUAUCUUUGGAGUGAAGUAUUUUCCAUGGACAUGUUUUACAGCUGUUUUAAAAAAGAAGGGAUAAUGAAUCCAGAGGUUGGAAUGAAAUACAGAAACCUAAUCCUGAAACCUGGGGGAUCUCUGGACGGCAUGGACAUGCUCCAGAAUUUCUUGAAACGUGAGCCAAACCAGAAAGCGUUCCUAAUGAGUAGAGGCCUGCAUGCUCCUUAAACUGGGGAUCUUUGGUAGCAGUCCAUGUCUGGAGGAGAAGUUGACAUCACUAUGUGUUACUGGCCUGGAAACUGAAAGGAGUUUUGCAAAGGAAAGUUUAGAUUUCUAUUGACUGCCUUUUGUUUAUCGCUUUGAAAAAUUUUGCAGAUGUAAAUGGAAUUAUAAAUACCAAACCCUAAGAAAACACCCAUUAGAAAAUACUUGUACUAUAAAAUUUCAUAAAAAUGGAUUUGAUUUCUUUUUAUAAAAGUUUUGUAUAAAUUUAAUUUGAUUUUUUACUAUUGUAAUCUAGAUAAUAUAAUGUAAGAGGGCUAAGAAUUUUUAAAUUGAAUCAUAUACAUUGUAUAAUUUGAUCCUUCUUAUAUCUUAAAGUUUUGUACUUGAGAUUUCUGGACUGAUAAAUGAAUCAUCACAUUCCUCUGGCAAAUAUUUUCUUAGAGCCCUGCAUCACCUUUGACCCCCUGUCUCACGGUAAAGUGUGACCUUUUUGCCCACAUACCUCAGGGCCAGGAGAAUAUGCCCCAAUAAUGCAUUUAUCUUUAUAUUUCAGGCCUUAUGAUUGCCACCUUUCUGCCACACUUAAAUUAUGUUCCUCCAUUGGGGUUUAUCUUUUCUAAAAUCCUGUCAGAGAAUACCAAAAAAAGUAUGAGUUUUAACUGAACUGGCCUAAUGUAUAUUGUUUUUGUGUCUUGUGUUAGAUGCUUUUCGAUCUUGUAUUACAGGUUCUUUUCCACCUCAGCAUAUAAGAUUGUCAGUCCUUUGGCAUAUUUGCCAGUUAGAGCACUAAAGCAAGUCCAAGGAUACGUUUCUCUUCUCAUGUUCUGAUAAGUGGUUGGGACUUUGCCUCCUUUACUGCCAUCUCAUCCGCAGUGGCAGAUAAACAUGUCACAAAUGGCAGUGUAGUGAAGAGAGCUAAAGCUGACGUGGGACAGAAAGAGUUGAGAAACUCCAGAAGAGGAGUGGGUUCUGGACAGAGGUGUUUGAGGACAGCUGCUCCAGAGUGUUAUGUGUUCUUAAACAGCCACAGGGAGGAGGCUCUUCGCAGCCUAUCUUGUCUGGUGAUUUUUAUUUUAAGUGAACCUUUGGGUCUCUCUUUAACUUUCUUUUUUAUGAGUCUAAAUUCUACUUCUACAGCAGACCAGUAAACUCCCAGUACUUACUUUUCCCUAGGAGUCUACUCAAUAAGGAAACCAAAAUAGGAUAAUAAAAAAAAUUUUUUGAUUAAAAAAUCCAAACUUUGAAUGUACUCUGAUAGAUCUUCCAGUUGUUUUCCACUGUGUAUCUGAGGUAUGACUUUGCCGAUGAGAUACAAAAUUAGACAAAUGGACUUUGUGCUAAAUAAAAACAUAUAUACAUAUAUUUAUUAUUCUUCAUAAUAAAAUUAAUUAUAGACAGUGGGAAAAAUUAAGACCUCUAACAACACAGAAGAAAAUUCUAAGAUGAUUAUUGCCAAGCACAUGCAUUAAACAUGCACAUGAAAUCCUGCCCUCCCUCUGAGACAACUGCCUGGCCCUUCUCUACCCCCCCCCCAAGUAGUUUUUCUAGCCUGUGGUAUUUUUCUCAUAUCUUUUGUUUUUUCCCCCAGACUGUUCUGUUUUCCAGUUUCAGACAAAAACUCCCUUCAGCUUUUUCUAUUGCCUUUCUGUGUGUCUCCUUAACAGUAACUUUAUCAUUUUAAAUCUUAACUUAUUUCACAUGAAAAAACUAAUACUUGGUGUGAAAAAGGCUGCACACAAUAAAGUUGCAUUAUUAUCCAUGACAAUGAGCUCACAUUUCUUUCAUACUUCAGUGUUAAAACUGAAAUCCAUAAGAAAACAAAAGCGCUAUGAUGUUCUUUUUAUUUAAGGUCCACAUCUGAUAUUUAAAAUCUUCCAAAGCAUAGCAAUAAAUUCAAAUACUUGUUCUUUGGCAUAAUUCAAAACUAAGGACUUAUUUUUUAAAGCCUUUUUGAAUGUAGCCAUUCAUCUAUUUUUCUUUUCUUUUUCUUCAGAUCAGAGCAUACAGUGUUGAUAAGGCAUUCUGAAUCGUGGAUAAACUAUAAAAAUUUUCACUGGCCAACUUGCAUUUGAGAUUUGUGAACUGAACAAUGUAUAAUAAAGUCUUUCUUGAUUAUUGAUCCAGGAGAUUUAGGUUUGUUUGGGGUUACUACAGAAAAGAGAAAGAAAAGGCAUGAUGUUGUACCACCCAAUAGAGACUUUUUUCCCUUCAGAAGGAAUACUGCAUGUUACCUAGAUGAAUAACUAAAAAUUAUCUUGAGGAGCUAUCACCUGAGCUAUUUACAUGAAAAUCUUGCUUUUCUAAAGUUAAUAGGAUGAAAGGUAAAUAAUCUGCAGCUCUGUAGAAUUGAGAACUGUAUUGUGUAAGAAGGCAAAAUAGAGAAAAUAUUCUUUAAAAAAAUUUUAAUUGAUAUGAUUUUGUACUUGUACCUUCCUUAACUAGUAGGGAAUGACUUAACUUUCUACUUUCUCAUUUUG